GUUACAGCUGUUAGUGACAGCCUUUAAGAAUUGAAGCACAUGUUUUCUUUAGUCAUUAUCUGAAUUCCCUCUGGGUUUCCAAAUUGCAUAAUCCAGCUGACCUCAAUUUGUUGAACCCAAGUGAUUGUACUUUUCAGAAUAUGCUUCAGCAAACAGACUCAUCCUGACACCCCAUCAAAACUCACCCUGGCCCGAGUGGUUGCCAUCUCAGCUGAAGUUACUGCUGGGUUCCACGAGGCAAAGCUUGACUAGAGUGAAUUGAUUCAUGGGGAUUAGAGAUUAAGACUUCCCCGGCCGCUUUGGUGGAGUAAAUCUGGGGAUUAUGAUGUCAACAGCCUAUGGACGCUAGAGAGGAAAUUGAAUUGUGAGGAACGGCAGCAGUUAUGGUGCAGGAUUACAGCGUAGUUAGUAAAAAUCAGAGAUGAGAGUCCAUGUCUGUGCUUUUCUCCUGCUCAGCAAAACCUCCAUGGGAAACCAUUUACUGCCUUCGGACAGUAGAAAUUGCAAACAUGACAGGGAUAACUGAGUGAAUAUUUCUGAUGUUAUUUGAGGGUUAAGAAGAUUUCUCUCUGUGGUAAUCCUCCUCUGGUCUGGCCUUUGAAGCAUCAGGUGACAACUCCAGUUGUGGCUACUCCUCCCGCUCCCUCAGCAGCUCCCAGUGUUACAUUUGAAGGACUCUCAAAAACCAAGAAGAUGAAGGUGAAGUUGGCCCAUUUGGGUUUGGUCUUCUUCCUCCUUCUGUCUCUGGUGAUGACAGGCUGUUUUCUUUGGCAAUAUCAGAUGCCAAAACUUAAGCCAGAUGAAGAGAUGGGUCGUAAUGCCAAUUCAGAGAUGAUGUGUCCCCGCUUUCCUGAGCCUCUCCCUUUGGAACAUCCAAUCCCCAGUCUCAAAGAAGCCCUGGAAAAGGUGGAUGUUUUGUUUCGCCAAAGCAUCAACCCCAUCAGCCUUCCUGCUCUGUCUUCCAUUGUGAUCUUAAAUGAUACAGUUUUGUGGACUGGCAACUUUGGAAAGAGGAAUGCCAGUGAUCCUCUGUCAGGCCCACCCAGUGAAUACACAAUCUACAGAAUUGCCAGCUUAUCGAAGAUUUUUCCAACGCUGAUGCUCUACAAACUGUGGGAGGAUGGAAAGAUCGCCUCCUUAGAUGAUCCACUGGAAAAAUAUGUAGAAAAUUUCACAAUAAAAAACCCCCUGGGGAAAACACGAGACUCUGAGUUAAAAUAUGUGACAGAUGGGCUAAUAUUUCUAGACAGUGGAGAGGUACAAAUUCGCUCCUCCUCUGUCACCCUGCGCAGGAUGGCAAGCCAGCUCUCAGGUCUGCCAAGGAGGCUGAGGGCUACAAAUUUACUCUGGAAAGGCAAAACGCAAUCAGCAAUCAAUCUGUUACAAGAUGAUGUUCUUGUUGCAGAUCCAGGAACCAAGUGUCACUACAGUAACCUCGCAUUCUCUCUUCUUGCUCAUGUGAUGUCUGAAAGAGUGGUCGGAGUUGAUUACCAACGAUGGGUCACAGAAAACAUCUUGGAUCGAUUAGGAAUGGAAGACACCAGUUUUGAGCUGACCCCUGGGUUACAGAGUCAGUUUGCUGUGGGAGUUUACUCAAACGGAAAACCUGCUCCUCUCUAUGAUCUCGGCUGGUACCGACCUUCAGGGCAGAUGUUUUCUACCCCUGCAGACAUGGCCAAACUCGCCAUGGUGCUGCUGGGGGCCUAUCACCGCAAGCUGCUGGAGCCAGAUUCUCUGAAGAUCAUGUUGAACCCACUCUUCAGGUGUGAAAAGGAUUACUUUGCAAACCGUACUGGGACCCCUUGGGAGGUGAAUGACCUCAUGGGCUACGAGAUGCUGCGGAAAGAUGGUGAUCUGGACGGCUACUCUGCCACGUUCUCCCUGGUUCCUAGGCUGAAGCUAGGCCUGGUAAUCCUAAUGGCGGGCAGCAGGCCUCAGAAGCAGGAUGUGGUCACAAAGGCCUACAGCUACAUUGUUCCAGCGAUAGAGAAAGCCUUUAGAGAAGCCAAAAAGAUUCUAGUUGCUUCCCCAAAUCCAGAGCCUUACAUUGGGUUUUUCACAUACAGCAACAUCACUUUCUAUGAGAUCAAAGUGGGACCUGAUGGAGUUCUGAUCAUGCAGCAGUUUGGUCCUCAGAUUGAAGAGCUGAUUCCAGAGAAGUACAGGACAAUAAAGCUUAACUACUUAGUGGAGCGGGUUUUCAGAGUUGUGUUUGAUAAAGAGUACCCUUGUGUUUUGAGAGUCGGCAAGGCUUCAGUUUCGUUGGAAGCCCAAGAUGGCCAACUUUUUAACUUCUACGUCUUUAAUAAGCAAGGCUUGUCCCCUGGCUUUGAUGCACCAGGGCUAAACACAUACAAUGUGGUGCGAAUAGCCCGGAGGCCAACCUUCACCAGCUGAGGAGCAGCAAGUGUUUUUGUGCUUUAUCGAUGACGUGAAGAAAGGCAUGCAACAGUGAAAGACUCACCUGAAAUCACAGGGGACGCCAGUAGUAUCAUUUUGAAAAGAACUCUUGAAUGAGAACAGAUAAGAAAGACAAGUACUUGGCACAUAUUUUUUUUCUUCUGGGUGAUGUUCAUGAAUGUCAUCCUCACACAGGCCCUUUAUCACACCUCUAAGCUAAAUAUUCACUCUGUGGAAAUUCAGUGCGUUUGUUCAUCCUGCCUUCUUCUGUUAAUGUCUCGCUAGAGAAAACAGCAGAACAACACAUUUUGUGGUCAGUCAUAUAACAAUUUUGCAUAUGAUUAUUAGUAAUCCUGGUUGAAGGAUUGCUAAUAAUCCUUCAACCAGGAUUAUUAGUAGUAAUAAUCCUGGUUGAAGAAAUGUAUCCAUUUUCAAACUGUCUUAUUGGAACUGGUAAACAUUUCCAAACUUUUAAAACAGCUUAUUUACAGCUAGAUACAAUGCAGUUUGAUUUAACAUACAGUAUGUACAGAAAGUGCAUAGGCAUGCAAAGGCUGCGGCUUCCUGUUACUAUGCUGCAACACAUAGCAACUUAACUCAAUAACUUUACACAAACAAUAGAAAAUAACACUGUUUUUUAUAUGAACAGAAGACGAUAAAAAUAGCUAAAAUUGGAUCUCAAUCCAUAGUUCCUAUAAAGGAUGGGGUUAACACUGCAGCAUAGCAAAGUGGCUGUUUAAAACCCCAUCCAGUAAUUGAUCAAAAUGUCAUAUUUUUGUGAUGAAUUCCAUAAGUUUUGUCAUACAACAAAUGAUUUGACCAGUCAUUGCUGUUAUGAGUAUUUUCCACUUUGUUGUUGCUGAGAAUGCACCUUUGUUUUCCUGUGACGCUGGUUUAAAUUUGGGUAAAAAUAUAAUAUUAGUUUUAUCAAACCUAUAUCUUACGUAUUUUUUACAUUCUCUUCUUGAAGAUAAAUAUUGCCAUAAAGCCAGUUGAUGCACAAGCAGCAGAAAAACUUUGUGUAUAAUGUGAAGUCAAUAACUGUAAAAUAGAAAUGAAAUAAAAUACUGUAUAUAAAAAAUAAAA